AUGCCCUACGACAUCUAUCUCCUCACUUACCCCCUUCCGCCAAACCGCUUCAACGGCUCCAAGGCGCACUGGGGGAUCUAUAUCCCCAACCACCCCACCCCAAACCUCCCGCAGCCCACCCAGGAAACAGAGGACGCCGUCCACCACAUCGGCAAAGUCAUCCACGUCACCGGCACUCCCUUCACGGGCUACGGUCGAGAAUUCAAGCGAAACUACCAUCUCGCCAGCACCGGCCGCGGAUGGAAGAAAUAUCCCCUCGCCGUCGUCGACGAUAAGCAUGUCAGCAUCAGAAGCGGCGAUGACGAUGACGACGGCGGGAAGUUCAGUGUCGAUGUCACGCCUCGAGAUGAGUUGGAAAGACAGGCGAUGCGGGUUGACCCGCCUGGACCGAGUAAAGAGCCGUUGAAUCCCGCUGUGGGCAAGAGGUGCCAGGAGUGGAUAAGGGAUUAUGUCUCGUGGUUGAUCGAGCGGAAGAUACUUACAGAUUCAGCGAUUCAGGUGCUGGAUGAUGUUAAGGCAAUUGAGCAACAGCAGCAGCAGAACUAA